CGUCAGUUGGUCCUGAAUGAAACUAUUUUACAAAUCACACAUGUCUAACUAAACAUAGAGUAACUCUAGUCGUCAUUAGCAGUGGGAUUAGAUGCAGAUAAUGUUUCAACAUCAACAAGGAAUUUUGAGGAUUUUUAAACAUGGUCGCCAUUUUAGAUUCUGGAUGUUUUUGGACAUUUAGGCCAAGAUCUUCCUACAUCUGUAACGACACUAUGAUUCGAGAUUGACGAAGAGAUGUCUGUUGAGCCCACAUUCCAGACCCCAGCAAGCCAGUCACCUGGUGCAGGGGCAGUUGCUGUAAGUGGAGAAGCUGCCCAGAUGCUGGCACAGUUCUGGCCAAAAGCCAUGCAAGACAUCCGUAAUCUAAAAAUGGAUGAUUUUAAGCAACAAGAACUUCCUUUAGCACGAAUCAAGAAGAUAAUGAAACUGGAUGAGGAUGUUAAGAUGAUCAGUGCUGAAGCUCCAGUACUUUUUGCCAAGGCAGCAGAAAUAUUUAUAAGUGAAUUGUCAUUGCGAGCCUGGAUACAUACAGAGGACAACAAGAGAAGGACACUUCAGCGGAAUGAUAUUGCCAUGGCGAUAACCAAAUUUGACCAGUUUGAUUUCCUAAUUGAUAUUGUACCAAGGGAUGAACUUAAACCAACAAAGCGUCCGGAAGAAAGUGGAAGAUCAUCAUCAGGGCUACCCGACCAGAUCCAGUAUUACCUACAGUUGGCACAGCAACAGGCUGCACAACAGGUUCAACAACAGGCUCAGCAACAACAGCAACAGUCACAAUCACAAGUACAACAGCAGCAGGCACAAGCUCAGCAACAACAGGCACAGCAACAGCAGGCUCAACAACAACAGGCACAACAACAACAAGCACAGCAACAACAAGCACAACAGCAGGCAGCCACACAAGUCCAGGCUACUACUGUCGUCCAACAGCAACCCCAAGUCGCACAGAUCCAACUCCCAGGCAAUCAGGUUCUACAACAGCAGUUCCAAGUACAGGCAGGACAAGUUCAGGCACAGACUGCACUUCCAGGGACAGCAGCAAUACAGGGUGCCACAGUCGUCACCAGCACGCCCCAGCCACAAGUCAUACAGAUUCAGGCCCCAACUCAGGUUCAACAAGUCCAGCAGGUCCAGGUACCAACUUCUUCUGCUGCCGCCCCAGUCCAACAAACACUGCAGCAAGUACAGAUUCCACAGGCACAACAACAGACACAGGUGUAUCAGCAGGUGAUCACAGCCUCUGGGGAGGUCCAGAACAUCCCGAUACAACUGACCCCUCAACAACUGCAGGCCAUACAGAUGCAGCUCCAGGGAAAACAAACCAAUCAGCCAAUCAUUAUCCAGCAGGCAGCUCAACCAGCUGUACAAAAUGUGCAGACUAUCUCACAACCGGAACAAUCACAGUUCAGUUCACAACAAGUGUACCAGAUCCAGCAGUUAGCUGGAGGUCAACAGCAAGUCUACAUACAACAGGCUGGAGGGGCCGAUGGUGACCAUGGCGAUGGUUCACAAGAGGCAGCAUAACCGGGACAGAAUCAUGCAAAACUGUUGUCAUCAUUGACAUGUUCAGCAAUGGGCCAGUAUUAGGGUUCGAAGUCUGUUGAUUGUUACCUUAGUAACCUAAUCACCACCAUUAAACCUGGUCGUCGGGUAUCUAUGACUACCGGAUACGAUAACACAAGUGGUGCAACUCGGCACAACAGUCUGAACACAGAAGUGUGAGUUAUGGUGAAGAUAUUACCUUGGCUGUAGGUUAUCAGAAAUCACCAUCCAGGAGAGACAAUCAUGUAUGUGGUAAACCUGGAAGGUCCCAGAUGAUCUCACUAUGGCAUUUAUAGGUAAACAUUUGAAAACAAAUAAAACUUUUUUGUGAGCCAACACAUUAAAAGCAACAACACCGUCUGCAUUAAACUUUGAAGAUCUGAUACAUUUAUCUAUGCUAUAGAAAUUUUAUCAUGAUUUCAUUUGUUAAAACUGUCUUUAUUAUUGUUAUGUACAGUAGUGAAAGUUUGAAGUAUGUUAGGCUUGGAAUGUGAGGAUGCAACUGAAUGCACAAAUCAAAUUUUUUUUUUUUUAUUAUCGUUUUUUUGCUUGCAAAUACAAUGAAAGUAACAGACAGUUCAUUGUUACCUGUAUAGCAUUCCUGUAAGAGUCGUGUACAUGUGUGGUUGAAUUCAAAAUACACUAGCUUUCGCAUAGACUAAUACUUGUAGUUAUGUACAUAGCCAUAGGGAUAGGUUCAGUGACUGAGAAUUGGUCAAAUGGAUACUGACCACUAGCUAGUUAGACGAGAAAGCGAUUGGCUUGAAGGAUAUUUUCCUUGUUGAGAGAUUUAUAUUGAUAUAGGAAUUGUCCUCUUUCCCUCUAGCAAUACCAGUCAUUGUUUACUUUAAAUUUUUCAAUUCUGCAUUUUGAGAUAAAAUUGCAAUUCAAUGCAAUUAAAAAAUAGUUUAUCAGUAAAUACUGUUUUGUUGAAGCUUAAAUUUAAUUGGGAGGGCAUAUAUUAAAAGCUGCACACAUUCAUUUUAAUAUGUACAUGUAUAUGAAAGGUAUAUACAUAUUGUACAUGCACAUGUAGUGCUAAAACUAAGUGAGGUGAUGGUGUGGCAGUUUACUGUUCAUUAUUUUUCAGGCCAGUAUGAUAUAUUCAUAUUCAACAAAAACACGAGUAAAUCUAUCUUUUGAUAUUUGUAAUAUACCUGGUAUCAGGGAAAAUAUGAUCGUAUUUGACCUAAUUAGUGCACCUACUCCUAUAAGCACCCCUUUUUUUCAGGGAAAGAGGAUGAGUGGCCUAAUUGGAACAUCCAAAGUUCCUUACCUCACUGAUCUGCCAAUAUCAUCUUCAGUCUUUUCAACUAAUGACUGGAUUGUUUUCACUAUAUAUAGAUAUGUAAAUGAAAAAAAAACAACAUUUUUCCACCUAC